AUGUUACAAAGCCUUGCGGAAAUAGCGGGUGCCGUGCUGUGGCUGGUAAAACUCUCCGUUCCGCAAUACCCGCUUGUACACAUUGGAAGUCCACAAAAAUUUGCUACAUAUUAUAUUCCACCGGAAUACAAGCUCGACUUCAUUGACAAAACGUGUCUGCGUCGCUGCUCUAUCAAGUUCAAAAUGCACGAGAAGCCAUUCAAUGGGGCGAGCAACGCACUUCCGACUCUUCUUUCCAACUCAGCAAGCUACGUUGAUUUUGAAGGGAUCGAUGAUCCCAAGCAUCCUCAGAAUUGGAGACUGUCUACGAAACUUUUCAACUCUAUCUUAGUCUGUUCAGGGACAUUCAUCGUCUCGCUAACAAGCGCCAUCUUCGCACCGGGGAUCGACAAAGCAAGCAAAGCUUUCGGGGUUGGGUCAGAAGUCGGAACACUGGGAACAACCCUCUACGUCCUGGGCUUUGCAUCAGGACCCCUAAUCUGGGCACCUGCAUCAGAGCUACGAGGAAGAAAAUGGCCACUGACAAUUGGGAUGUUAGGCGGUGGAAUCUUCACUAUUGCAUCGGCGGUGGCCAAAAACAUCCAGACCUUGAUCAUAUGCCGUUUCUUCGCUGGAAUGUUUGGCGCAAGCCAAUUGACUGUUGUCCCAGGUGUACUGGCUGACCUAUACAACAACACCACUCGCGGCGCCGCAAUUUCUCUAUAUGCACUGACUGUUUUCGUGGGACCGUUUAUGGCUCCUUUUGUGGGUGGCUUCAUUGCGUCGAGUUAUCUUGGCUGGAGGUGGACUCUUUACAUCCCAGCAAUCUUCAGCCUGGGAAAUGGGAUAUUGAGUGUUUUCUUCUUGGAUGAGACAUAUCCGCCUUGUAUUCUCGUGGUCAAGGCUGCUGCUAUCCGCAAAGAGUCCCAAAAUUCGAGUAUUCUUGCCAGACACGAGGAGAUCGAGGUCAACAUCGCAGAUCUUGUGGAGAAGUACUUCACGCGUCCAUUGAAGUUGCUCUUCACGGAGCCUAUUAUCCUCGUGGUGUCGGGUUACAUGUCCUUCAUCUAUGGCCUUGUUUAUGCGCUUCUUGAGGCAUAUCCUUUCGUUUUUGAGCAUGUAUACGGAAUGACGCCUGCUUUUGCUGGUCUAAUGUUCAUUGGGCUCAUCAUCGGCGUGGUGCUCGCGUGUGCGUUCAUUCUUUUUGGGCAGCUGGCCUAUGCAAGGAAACUGGAAGAGAAUAAGGGAAUCCCAGUUCCCGAGUGGCGCCUCGCUCCAACACUCCUAGGAGCGCCUGUUUUCACAAUUGGUCUCUUUUGGUUUGGCUGGACCGGGUUCACUGCUUACAUUCACUGGGCCGUACCUGCUGCUGCCGGGAUAUUCAUCGGGUUUGGGGUGCUAUGCAUCUUCCUUCCGUGCUUCAAUUAUAUCGUUGAUGCAUACUUGCCAAUAACCACCUUGCUGACAUACCCUGAUAUAAGUGCUGCUUCGGCUGUUGCUGCCAAUAUCAUUCUUCGAUCGGCAGUAGCUGCAGGCUUCCCGUUAUUCUCAAGACAGAUGUUUCAAAAUAUGGGAAUUCAAUGGGCUGGUACGUUGCUUGGCUGUUUAGCCGCAAUAAUGAUCCCUAUUCCGAUCAUAUUCAGGGCUUAUGGACCUUGGCUACGAGGGAAAAGUAAAGUAUUUCCAUAA